AGGUCAACAUUCGCUUUCCCUACAUCACUUCCGUACUCUUCUGUCUUUAUGAGGCAGAUUGUCCCAUACAUCUAGGCGGGAGAUUUGGAAAGAGACCUUUCUGUUUCACCACUCUUCGUGUCAAAUACACAGACCUGUUGAAACGGCUCGGGCGGUGACAGAUCGAAUUAAUGGGAGUCGGCACCCAAAUGGACCCGUUAGACUUUCUAACGAAUGAAGAGUUGCUGCCUUUCUUCCACCGGAAAAAGACAGAGAUUUCGUGCUUAGAAGAACCGCACAGACUUCUCACUCAGCUGCGAGACCACGAUCUGGUGCCGGAGAAACUUUACGAGAGUGUGAAAAAGAUGCGUUCUCGUAAGCAAAAGGAGAAGGGCUUCUAUGAGGUUCUGGACUGGGUGGAGAAAAACAGAUCUGAGUAUAUACAUCGGUUCUGGCGCUGUGUGUUUGAAGAUCAUAUCCUGCAGCUGUAUCCAACACUACGCAUCCUCAGAAACAGUCUGCAGGACGGCACUUUCAAACUCUAUGAGAAACCUCCGGAUAUCGAGACAGCGGAGGAGUGUGAAAGAAAGGCAGAAAAAGGAAAGGAGAAGAGCUACAAAAGAAGGAGAAGUAAAGAUGAUAGAAGUAGUGAGAAUAGUGAUGAUCCUGGUCCUUCCUCUGCGUCCACACCCAAGCGAAAGAAACCGGACAAAAAACCCUCGUUCUCAUCUCCUGUGAAGAAAGGUGACAAGCAAGAAAUUUGGACAUGGCCUAUUUAUAAAACUCAGCUGCCUGUAACCUGUGGGGAUAAAGAAGGCACUCUCUAUCGGGAGAAACUGCCCAGAGGGGAAGAGUGUAUCUUGUCCCAGGGACUCUGGUUCACCCCAAAUGACUUUGAGAAGUUUGCAGGGAAGGAAAAGUGCAAAAACUGGAAAGUCAGCAUCCGCUGCAGAAACACGCCGCUUAAGAAACUCAUCGAAGAGGAGCAUCUUCGGUGUCCACCGAUGGAGAGAAGAACGAGAACAUGUGUCCAAACAAACACGAAUGGGAGGUUUCCUGUCAGCUCAUCUGAGAGCUCCGGUGCAGAUACGAGCUCUGGUUCAAGGGAGGAAAGUGAUGAUGAUGAUUUCCAGGAGCAGGGAGGGAGAAGAGGAGGAACAGAGUUAAGAGAGAGAGUUGAAGAAGAAGACAUGUCAGAUCUGUCUGUUUUUCAGGCUCCCUCUUUACCGGUCACCUGUGCUUCACUUACUGGGACUCUGUACAAAAACAGGUUUGCGUCAGGGUAUCGUGGGAAGUGUAUACGUACUGAGGAAAGAUGGUUCACUCCGGAGGAAUUUGUAAAGCAGGAGCCGACUCUCACUGAUGGACACUGGAAGAAAGACAUACUGUGCCAUGGAAAAACACUCAACUUUUUACUCCAGAAAGACAUCUUGUGCAUCCAUUCACUUCUGUGUGUAUGUGUGAAAUGCAGUAUUCGAAAGGAAGAUAUGAUGGCCCAGAACAAUGAUGAUGAGUGUUAUGUGUGUCGCUCUAUGGGAGAUCUCGUGUGUUGUGACGAGUGUCCACGAGCUUUUCAUUCAGACUGUCACCUACCUGCUGUACCUGAAGACUCAUCUGGGGAAUGGAUUUGUACCUUCUGCGUGUUCAGAAACAGCCAGCAAUGGCGUGACUCCAGUAACGUGUCUGAACAAGAAGCUUUCGACGCCCCAAUCUCUCAACACAUAUUGCACUGCCACUACCUCCUGUUAUGUGUGUACAGACAGGACAUCCAGAAGGUGUUUGUUGAGGACCCACGACCAACGGUGCCCAGAUACUCUGAGUUCAUAACUCAGCCGAUGUGGCUGGACAGAAUAAAGCAGAAGUUGGAAAGUGGCGAGUAUCGGACGAUAGAAGCGUUCGUCUCUGACUUUCGACUCAUUUUCAGCAACUGCAGCAAGUUCAAUAAGGACAAUGACUUUGGCCGAAUGGGUGCCAGCCUGAAGCAAAUAUUUGAGGAAGAGUUCAGGAAAAUCUUCAGUAUUCAAAUCAAUGGCUGUGGCAGGAUGGAUGAUGAAUCAUUUCCAGAUUCAAAGAAGGAUGGGAGAAGCUCAUCAGAAUCUGACUGGAUUGAGGAGACGGAAAAAAUAAAAGGAACACAAGGGGUAAAAAGAAAGAAGAAUCAACAAAAUGGUAACAAGAAGAAAAUAGCCCGAUGUAGAAACUCUAGGCUUUCGGUGGCAGACCUAACAGAUGUCUUUCAAGAGGCCAGAAACAAGGACCAGAUGGCUGUCCAUUGUGGAAAAAUGGCAGGAUGUCUGUACAGAAUAAAAUAUGACAAUGGAGAGGAGUGUAUUUCAUGUAAAGAGAAAUGGUUUACUCCCGCACAGUUUGAGAAGUUCGCAGGAAAAGGGCAUUAUAAGAAGUGGAAGGAUAGCAUCUAUUACAAGUCAUCACAUGGCCUUCAAGUUAGAUUACAGAAACUCAUACAAAGUGGGAGUCUUUCAGAGUUUGGACAACACAAGGAGUCAGUUAGAGAGGGGACACAGACAGAAUCCAGUACAGGAUUGUUUUCCAAGACUCUGACAACACCUGGAAUUGAAAAGGAAAUAAACCUGCCGGACAAUUCUUCAGAUGAGUCUGUAUCUGUAAGGCUCAAAAUGGUGACACAGACAGAAUCCCGUAAAAGAUUGUUCUCCAGGAGUCUGAAAAAAACUGUGUGUGGAAUUGAAGGGGAAACAAUAGAGCUGGACAGUUCUUCAGAUGAGUCUGUAUCUGUUGCUGAAAGAGUUAAAAAGAACAGGAGAGAAUCUGUCAUUUCAGCUCAAGAAUAUAUUGUCAUUGUUGAAGAUACAGACAGUUCUUCGGAUGAGUCUGUGUCUGUUGCUGAAAGAGUCAAAAUGAACAGGAGAGAAUCUGUCAUUUUAGCUAGACCAGUCCAUAAAAACAUAACAGAACCGGCAAAAUUUCCUGCCAGUACUAGAGAUUCACCUGCACUCCCCACUGUUGCUUCAGAAACUGCAGAAUCAAGACCACUGAGGGAGUCAACUAGAGAGGCCCAGAAAAUACAGUUUUCCAAGAGUUUGAAAAUACCCGUGUGUCGAAUUGAAGAGGAGGCAUUCCAGCUGAAUAAGUCUGGAUCUGUUGCUGAAAGAGUCAAAAUGGCACGGAACAGGAGAGAAUCUGUGAUUAUAGCUGAACCAGUAGAACCGGUAGAAUCUACUGCCAGUGCUAGAGAUUCCCCAUCACCUUCCACUGAUGCUACAGAACCUGCAGUAUCUUCUGUCGUAGAGGAUGCAGAUCAGAUCACAGAUGAAGAAGCAGAUGAAGCAGCAGCAGCUCAGCUUGACUUCAACGAUUCUCCUGCUGAUGCUACAGAACCUGUAGUAUCUUCAUUUGUAGAGGAGCCUGAUCAGACCCCAGAUGAAGCAGCAGCACAUCAGCUGAACUUUAGUGAAUCUCCUACUGAUGUUAAAGAACCUGCAGUAUCUUCUGUUGUAGAGGAGGCCAGUAAGACAACAAAUAAACCAGCAGAAGCUCAGCUUAACGUCAGCGAUUCUCCUGUUGAUGCUACAGAACCUGCAGUAUCUUCUGUCGUAGAGGAGGCUAAUCAGAUCACAGAUGAAGCAGGUGAAGCAGCAGCAGCUCAGCUUGACUUCAACGAUUCUCCUGCUGAUGCUACAGAACCUGCAGUAUCUUCACUUGUAGAGGAGCCUGAUCAGACCACAGAUGAAGCAGCAGCACAUCAGCUGAACUUCAGUGAAUCUCCUACUGAUGUUAAAGAACCUGCAGUAUCUUCUGUUGUAGAGGAGGCCAAUACGAAAACAAAUAAACCAGCAGCAGCUCAGCUUAACUUCAACGAUUCUCCUGUUGAUGCUACAGAACCUGCAGUAUCUUCUGUCGUAGAGGAUGCAGAUCAGAUCACAGAUGAAGAAGCAGAUGAAGCAGCAGCAGCUCAGCUUAACUUCAACGAUUCUCCUGUUGAUGCUACAGAACCUGCAGUAUCUUCACUUGUAGAGGAGCCUGAUCAGACCACAGAUGAACCAGCAGCAUCUCAGCUUAACUUCAACGAUUCUCCUGCUGAUGCUACAGAACCUGCAGUAUCUUCUGUCGUAGAGGAGGCUAAUCAGACCACAGAUGAAGCAGCAACAGAUCAGCUGAACUUUAGUGAUUCUCCUGCUGAAGCUACAGGACCUGUAGUAUCUCCUAUAGAGGAGCCUGAUUGGAUCGCAGAUGAAGCAGCGGGUGAAGCUGCAGCUCCUCAGAUGAAUUUCAGUGGUUCUUCUGCUGAAUGGCAGGACCCUGUUGUUUCUGAAGGGACUGAGAGGACAGACCAGAUGCAGUUAUUUACAUUUCUAGGAAAUCAGUUCAAUACCAUACACGAGACCCUAAAAUCAAUUGAUUUGUCUUUAAAGAAGCUGAUGGAAAAACAGUCACAAGACACACUGCCUCAAUAUAGGUAUCUAAUUCCUGAUUUUAUUGGAAAUUCACAAAUUCACUCCUUAGUCAAGAAGGAGCCAGUCAUUGAGGAAUCAAUACUGUGAUCUAAUAGAGGUUAUAAAUAAAUAAAUAUUAUUAUUAUAU